AUGUUCUGCUUGAGAUGUAAGACAACCCGGCGUGACCUCGUGGAGAGCAUUACUAACCUACCUGUUUCAGCCUGGGUGUCUCUUCUGGUCUUUCUCAGCACCGCGUCGCCUCUAUACACAUUGAUAUAUCUUAUCGGACACUUCUGGCUCAGUCGACCCUGCGUAUACUGCACGUUCCUCCUCUGCUGCGUUGUGAUUUCCCUACUCGACUUCUCCGCGGACUGGUUCGAACCAAGAUGGACCGAUGCCUCGACUUCGAUCAACGAGACUGCGACGUUCCUCUUCAGCGGCAAUGCGACGCUCACAGAUGCCGUUAUGGAGACUGCCAGCCUGGCACUGUCGGCUUUGAACGGGACAGGUGGAUCGCUGGUCAGCUCGGUAAUGGGUGGUGUAAAGAGCAAUGCGGUGUCUGGCGAGCCUGUGCGAAUGGUUGCCGCCAGCAUACCAAAUGGAAGCAACGUGUUUGAGUGGCUGCGCGGAUUACUGGAGAAAUUCCAAUUCAGAAUACCUUGUGUUGGGGCAACGAUACGGCUGUAA